AUGAUAGUUCACGUGCACUGCCAUAAUGAAAAUGAAAACGAGAGCAAAAAAAACAUGAGUCGUCGCCGCGUUGAUCCGACAUUCUACGGUCAUCCCAAGACGCGGGAGCAAAUUUGGGAGCGCAAUUUCGCGCAUGUCAUCAUGGACAACAGCCAAACACUCUCGCUGGUGACACUGUUGAACAAGAUCAUCCUAAAGUACCUGUACAGGUGCAUACCGAUCGUGCUGUAUGACACCUACGUAGGGGAAACCGAGUCGUAUAUCCUCGAGGCACUGUUCAGCAAGUUUCCAACGACAUAUAUCACGGGACGCAUCGGUCCCAACUACACGCUGGACAACCCGGAAAUUCUGGAUCCGUUCGGAGCGCAGUGCCGUAGCUACAUCAUUUUCCUAGCGGACGCCAUGAUGACACGCAAGGUGAUCGGUCCUCAGCUAACAAACUACGUCGUGUUGAUACCUCGCUCGAGUCAGUGGAAGCUUCAAGAGUUCUUGGCGGCAAAACAGUCCCGGGACAUCAUCAACCUGCUCGUGAUUGGUGAGUCGUACUCGGUGGACAAGCGCAUCAACAACGAGCAACCGUACGUUCUGUACACCCACGAGCUGUACAUCGACGGUCUUGGUGCUAAUCGUCCGAAGGUCCUUACGUCUUGGAUCGGUAACAAAUUCUCACGCAACAACGUCAACCUGUUCCCGCCGAAGCUGAAGAAGGGUUUUUCUGGCCAUCGGUUCACGGUGAUGGCAUCUCAUCAGCCACCGUACGUGAUCAAACGCCUGACUACGGACGGCGUGGGUAAUCUGAACAUUCGCUGGGAAGGAGUCGAGAUAAGGCUGUUACGCGCGAUGUCUCACUACCUUAACUUUACCUUUGACAUCGUUGAACCUUCCAGACCACAAAUGGGCUCUGGUGAUGCAACUGUGUACGAGAUUGAACAUCGACAAGCGGAUAUGGGUCUCGCCGGGAUUUACGUGACGAUCGAGCGAAACCUCGCCACAGAAAUGUCCGUCGCGCACUCCACCGACUGUGCCGCAUUUCUGACACUCAUGUCCAGCGCCCUACCCAGAUAUCGCGCUAUCUUGGGACCGUUCCAAUGGCCAGUAUGGCUGGCGGUUAUUCUCAUCUAUCUGCUUGCAAUUUUCCCGCUUGCGUUCUCCGACAAGAUGACCCUACGCCAUUUGCUCGGCAACUGGAGCGAGAUCGAGAACAUGUUCUGGUACGUGUUCGGUACGUUCACCAACAGUCUCACCUUUCAGGGUGAAAACUCUUGGAGCAACACGAAGAAAGCAUCAACUCGCAUGCUGAUCGGCAUCUACUGGGUGUUUACGAUUAUCAUCACCGCGUGCUAUACUGGCUCGAUUAUUGCCUUCAUCACACUUCCCGUAGAACCGGAACGCGUCGACAGUGUGGAUCAGUUGAACAGAGGCUUUUACCGAGUGGGUACGCUGGAUCGAGGUGGUUGGGAACGGUGGUUCCUCAACUCGAGCCACAAGGCAACAAACAAGCUGCUAAAGGACUUGCGGUUCGUCAGUAGCGUUGAUGAAGGCAUCCGCAACGUGACCGGAGCGUUUCUUAUUUCGUACGCUUUCAUCGGUUCCAAGGCCGAGUUAGAGUACCUGAUUAAGUCCAACCUGUCACAUCAGUUUGCAAACAAACGGUACGGGCUUCACGUGAGCCACGAGUGCUUCACGCUGUACGGUGUUUCGAUGGUGUUUCCGCCCAACUCCGUACAUCGCGAACCGAUCAACAACGCGAUCCUGUACAUGCAGGAGGCCGGUCUCAUCAAAAAGCUCAACCGGGACGUAACGUGGGACAACGUUAAAACGAAGGAUGGACGCUUCCGGGAGGCAUCCGUAGGAGAUGUCUUACGAGCAGCUGCUCCAGACGAACGUGGCCUAACGCUUGCCGACACCGAGGGUAUGUUCUUGUUGAUGCUGUUCGGUUACGUUGUGGCUCUUGGAGUGCUCAUCUCCGAGUGGGUCGGAGGUUGCAGCAACAAGUGCCGCGAGGUCCUAAAGGAACGAGCCGAACGCUUGAAGCUUGCCGCAGAAGAAGCUGCCGCAGAAGCGAACGAAACUGCUCAGGUUGCAGGAGAUACUCUCGUGUCAGAAAAUGAAAAUUCGCCCAAUAAACAGCUAGCAUUCCAGAAUGGACAAGGCUCUGCGGCUACAAGUCGGCGCAUUUGUCUCACGGAUGAGGGCGAUGGGGAUGACUCUGCUGAACAGGAUGAGUAUCGCAGCGAAGGAUCAUCGCUGCAUCGUCGAAGCCUGUCCGAGUGUCUUUCGGAGGUGAGCUCUCCGACGAUGCAAGAUCUGUACAACGGACCUGAUCGUCGUCACUCGACCAUCGUGUUCCUGGACGGACAGCUAAUGUCGGAUGAGGAAGCCCAACGUAAGGUCGCUCGUCAAAAGUCUAAGCACCGGCGCAGUCUGAGCUCCGUGUUGGAGCGUGAAGUUGGCCAAUUCUUCAAGUUUCGGGGCAAGGAUUCUUCGUCCAAUGCAGAAAAUGCUGCCGAGGGUACGAGUGGGACAUUUCAAAGGCCAAAGAAUGCUCAAGAGGGCCUGGAAGUAGAAGUGAAGGUCGAGAUCAAUGCACAAACGCAUGAUCUGAGUGUGGAUAGAUCAACAGAGCCUCGGCGUAGCCUUGAAGCUAGUUUCGGGGAAAAGUUACUGCAUUAG